AUGGGCUUUCUACCUGGGGGUACCCCUAAAUCAUCCAAGUUAUCAGAGUAUUUUAGCAACGAAACCCAUGGUGACUUGGGGAUCCCCCAUAGGAACCCCAGCCGUCGCAGAGUUGGCUUGUUGCUUGAGGAAUUUCUCUAUGCCUUCCACAGUGGGAUCGAAGCAUUGGCGGGGUCCCUGCUGGUGAUCCGUGGCCGUGGUGCCAUGGACACAUUGCAGGAGAGUAGCCCUCGCGCACGGCUCUACCGACGCUGGCACGGCUGCGGUCUACUAGGCUUGAGCAGUCUGGGCCUGCUGGUUCUUCUGAAUGGAAAGGUUCAUGACAGUUCCACGUGGCUCAGUUGCAGUUGGAAGCCCUUUCUCGAGUUGUAUUGGGUGCAGAAGUCGCUGAUCUCUGCCGCGCUGAGCCUGUUUCACGCCGGUGCCACGGGGGUUCACUUCCUGGCUGUGGCUGAAAGUGAUGUGGGACGGCCAAAGGAUGCAAUCAGUUUGAAGGAAGAAGCUGCGAUGUCCCCUCACCUGCUGUUGACGGUCGGCUUUGCAGCGCAUGCAGCAGGAAUGAUGAAAUGA